CGAUCACAGAAGAGAAGCAGGAGAGAGAGAAACGGCAGAGAAAACUCGAUGAAUAUUUUCCAUGGGAAUUCUCCUCCGCGCCACUCGUUUAUAUAUUUAACGCUCAUAGAGGUGAUAGAGCCGGACUAAAACACAGACUCUUCGUCUCCUCUCGCGUAAAAUUUUCUCUUCCGAACCCUAGACAUUGAAAAUCCCCCUAAUGGAUUGGUUCACCACUGUAUCUCACUGUGGCUACCCCUGAUGGAGAAGAUUAUUAGAAAUUUUAAUUCCUUUAAAACUUCUAUUUCGAUCAGGACAUAGAGUCUCUUUUAUUCUUUAAAUAUGAUUUAGUUUUUCUUUUCUAUUUAGAAUCGGAAUCCUUUUUAUAUGGGCAAAUCGAAUUUUUCCUUACCUACAUCCUACAUUAUAUAUAGCUUGAUUUAAUGAAAUUCCUUUCCUUGACAAUUCCAGUUUUGUUUAACAUUGAUUUGGUAUUAUUUCACGUUAAUGGAUUCCUUCAAGCGAGAAAUUCCAGACGUCAAUGUCUCCUCCUCCCCGUCGAUGAAACAAAAUCGAAACCGAAACCCUAAUUUGGAAAACUGUAAUAGUACCAGUUCCGGUGAUUCUUCUGGUGUUGAUGACUACGUUAUUUCCGGCUACGAAAAGCUGCAUUCGCACUUUCUUGGGGCGCAAGAACCGAUAAUUAAGCGCCAUAAGAGGGACUAUGAUGAUGACGAUGAUAGCUUGUCGAGGAAGAAACGGAGGAAUGAGGAUUCACAGGAAGUGUUGCCUCCAGGAUUCCUAGCUCCGAUGGUGAAGCCUCAAAGAGUGGUGCCGCCACCGGAGAGUAUGGCAAUGGUGGUUGCGGAUGGUAGUCAAGUGGCUCCGGUUCGUGGGGGUUCCAGGCAGUUCUGGAAAGCCGGGGAUUAUGAAGGAACCAACGGCGGCGAUUCUGAUUCUGAUUCUGUUGUUGGAUUGGAUCAUGUCAGGGUUCAUCCUAAGUUUCUACAUUCAAAUGCAACCAGCCAUAAAUGGGCUCUUGGAGCUUUCGCGGAGCUUCUUGACAAUGCCGUUGAUGAGAUUUGCAAUGGAGCCACUUGUGUUCUCAUAGACGUGCUGAAAAAUAAGAAAGAUGGAAGUAAUAUGCUGCUUAUAGAAGACAAUGGUGGUGGAAUGACUCCUCAAAUAAUGCGGCAAUGCAUGUCUCUCGGUUAUUCUGUCAAAAGCAAAGAGGCCAACACAAUUGGUCAAUAUGGUAAUGGUUUUAAGACUAGCACGAUGAGGCUUGGAGCAGAUGUGAUUGUGUUCUCGCGCUGUCGAGGGUCUGAUGGAAAAAGCCCCACACAGAGUAUUGGAUUGCUCUCCUACUCAUUUUUGAGGGGAACUGGAAAGCAAGAUAUUGUGGUUCCUAUGGUUGACUAUGAGAAGAGAGGCGAAAGCUGGAACAAGAUCAUAAGAACUUCAACAGAUGAUUGGGAUAAGAAUUUGGCAACCAUAGUUCAGUGGUCGCCAUAUCAGAGUGAAAAAGAUCUUCUAAAUCAGUUCAAUGACCUGAAGUCUCGAGGCACACGUAUAAUUAUCUACAAUCUGUGGGACAAUGAUGAAGGGAAUCUGGAGCUUGAUUUUGAUACCAAUCCACAUGACAUUCAAAUAAGAGGAGUUAAUCGGGAUGAAAAGAACAUAGAAAUGGCAAAGAAAUAUUGCAACUCCAGGCACUAUUUAACCUAUAAGCAUUCAUUAAGGAGCUAUGCUUCAAUCCUUUAUCUUAGACUUCCAUCUCGCUUCAGAAUUAUUCUUCGUGGGAAAGAUGUGGAACAUCACAACAUAGAGAAUGAUAUGAUAUUGCCCGAGGAGAAAAUAUACAAGCCUACACAGGUCCCGGAGGGAAUACAGAAUGAAUCUGAUAGAGUUGCAGUUGUGAAACUUGGGUUUGUGAAGGAUGCCCCAUUUCAUAUUGAUGUUCAGGGGUUCAACGUAUAUCAUAAAAACCGACUUAUCAAGCCAUUUUGGAGGGUCUGGAAUGCUGCUGGAAGCGAUGGUCGAGGAGUAAUAGGUGCCCUAGAAGCAAAUUUUAUUGAACCAGCUCAUGACAAACAGGGUUUUGAGAGAACUACUGUUCUUGGGAGACUAGAGGCAAGAUUGAAUGAUUUUCAGAAGAACUACUGGAGGAAAAAUUGCCAUGAAGUUGGUUAUGCUCCAAGGCGGAAUUCAUCAAAACCUUCUACUCCUUCUAGUCCAGAUGAACGAAAUGUAACGGCCAACAGCAACAAGAAAAUUUCACAAAAUUCAAAUCAGAAGAAGCAAGACCGUUACUCCAAUGGUAAUGACCCAAAAGCAAAUCGUAGGUCGCAAGUUGACAAAGUGUCACCAGUUAAAGAUGAAAGAGCAUCUCAAAGUAUCUUUAAGGCAUCUCCUGCUGCUGCUAAAUCUAUGCGAUAUUCUGGUCGUGGAGGAAGCAAUGAUAAUCCCAGACCUUCAUGUCCAAAGGUAGUUUAUCCACAUGGUGGAAGCUAUUCUAGGACAUCUCCUCCUGCUGCAUGUGUAGCUCAGCAAGAUUCUGGAUGCGGAGGCAGCGAUCAUAUUAAAACUGUGAGAAGUUCAAAGAUGCAGGCCUCCAUGAACGAAGCAGGACAAGUUGCUCGUGAUGGAAUUGGAAAGGAUGUAAUCAAGUUGCAGGAAGGGAACCGUGAACUUAGGGAAAGGGUGAGGAGAAAAGAAAACCCAAAGACGGAUUUGUUGAAUGAUUUACAGCAUGAGAUAGAAAGAUGUCAAACACUAGAAACUCAACUCCAGAAGGCUAAUGAGAAGGUGGAAGAAAAGGAUAAAGAACUAGAGGUUCUCAUCGAAAUAUUUGCCGAAGAAAGGACCCGGCGAGAGGAGGAGGAAUUGAGAAUGAGGAAUAAACUAAAGGAGGCUAAUGAAACCAUUGAUCAGCUCCUUAAAAAGGUCAAGUACCUAGAAGGCAGUGGUGUCAAGAGCUGCAAAACUGAUCGUUAAAGCUAUUGCCUUAUAUUUUGGUUUUUUCCUUUUUCUUUCUGGUACAAGAAUACAG